GCGGCGGCGGCAGCCAUGUCGGGCCGGGGCGUGUGGCUGCGGGCGCGGGCGCGGCUGCGGCGCUUCCCGGUGCUGCUGUCGGGCUGCGGGGAGCAGGCGGCCGCCUACGGGCGGUGCGUGGCGGCGGCGGCGGCGGGGCCGGCGGAGCUGCGGAGGGACACGUGUCUGGAGGAGUUCCGGGCGCUGCGGGACUGCUUCACGCGGGCGGUGGGUCCGGUCCCGUUCCCUCCCUCCCGCUGCGGGGCUCGGCCCGCUCUGAACCGCGGCUCUUUGCAGGCGAAGGCGACGCCGAAGUGAGGCGGAGCCGCCCCCCCCGCGCACCGGACACAGACCCGGCCCGGUUCUUCCGGCACCGGAGCUGCCGCUCCCCGGAGCCCCUUCGGCUCCAGCCGGGAUCCAGCCCCGGUCCCGGCUCCGGGUGAGCGCCGGCUCCACUCAACAGCCACGACCCCCGCGGCCCCCCCCGCUCCCGGCCCCGCCGCUGUUCUCUGGUCAAUGAGAGCGUUCAGAUCAAA